AAACUAACCGAAUAGCCGGAUCUUAUUAUUCGGAUUUUCCCCUGCUCCAAAAUGUGCUGCUGAGUAAACCGCUAUUCCAACGAACGAACACCCUGCCUGCCUACUGCCUGUGUCAGUCAAACGUGUGUGUUGUGGUGACAAUAUGGUAGACAUAAUGAGGACGACACGGGAAAUUCUUCUCCUGCAGGUUGCGUUCUUUCUUUCAAAACUGUGUAUUCUGUCGGCAGAAAAAGUUUUAGGAGUUGAGAACUCGGAAUUUGACUUUGAUGGUCUGCCGGGCGCGCAACACGAGUUCAAAGUUGACAUUCCAGGGAGUACAGAGGAUUGCUUCUUUCAGGCCGUGUCAGAGGGCGCUCAGAUGCACGUGAGCUUUGAGGUUCUGAAAGGAGGGGACAAAAAUGUUGAUUUCUACGUCCGAGAUCAGAACUGGCAGGUUAUGGAAGUUCAAAACUACAAACAAAGUGGCACAUACAACCUCGAAAAUGCUCGUGCAGGCACAUACGCUAUAUGUAUUGACAACGUGUUCAGCCGGUUCGGGACGAAACUGGUCUACAUCUACAUCGUCACCUUCGUCAUGCAGGAGUGGGUGCAGUUCCAGAUGGAGCUCAGCAGUCUGCACCUAAUGGCAGCCAAUUUCACUGUUUUUACUGUCCGAAGGCUCUUCAGGACCACCAAUGUCACACCUUCAGCGAAACCGAGAGCGUGAUAAAAUAAAAUAGUUGUGUUACUUGUUGCUUUUAUGUGAUUAGUCAUUGCUAGUCUUUACAUGACAAAGAUCUUAAAUACAUACAUUGCUUGCCCUUCAUGACGGUUAUGACUACCUAUUUAUUUUAAAGAAAUGUUUUUGUUAUAUUUUUCAUUUACAUGUUUUAGAUUUUAAUCAACUCACCGCAAUAUUACAGCAGCAGCUGAUGAUGCCGUGUUCUAUUUCUGUACCUUGCAUGACCAAGAUCAUAAAAAUAUGUUGUAGCCCUUCACAACAGUUAUGACUAUUAAUAUGAAUGAAUUGCUUUUCAUUUUUUUUCUCCAUAAUUUUUUUAUAUUUUAGAUUUUAAUCAACACUCCUCAAUAUUACAUCAGCUAAUGAUGCAGUGUUCAACUUCUCUACCAUGUUCGUACAUGACAAAGAUGUUUAAUGCAUUGGCCUGCAUGACAGUUAUGACUAUUUAUUUUAAUUAAAUGUAUUAACAAUUGUUUUUUUAUUCACAUGUUUUAGAUUUUAAUCUACUGUCCGCAAUAUUACAUCAGCUGAUCAUGCAGUGUUCAAUUUCUGUCUGUACCAUGCAGUGCCUUCUUCUUACUUCAUGCAGGUGGUUUGUGGGUACUCUGGUAUAGUAUGUCCUUUUUUCCUACCCUACAUAUACCAUCCUGAUUUCUCCUGUUUUUUGUGUUUGUUAUUCUCUUGAAACACCUUUAAAUUUCCACACUUAUAUGGCCUUAUUGUGUUGCAAAUGCUGUAAAACUCUUACUAAAACCAAACUUUGACUUCAAGUGCGUCUUUUCUCAAUACAUUAAAUUUCUUGAGGCACCGCUUUAACUUACAUAACCCGUUUAGUUAAAAAUCUAUUUUUUUAAAUUCGUUGCUUUAUCCAUCUUUAAUUUUGCAUUGUGAUAGAUGUAAUGAGAGAUGUUGUUUUUGUGUUCUUUUUUUUUCUUUUUUUAAUUUCCAAUAUUUACCAACUUCGAGCUUACAUUAUGCUAAAUAAGAUCUUCAGAUUUUUGUGCCUGUAUCCUUCAUUGUUCUACUUGCUGUCACAAAGAUCUUUUCGUUUUUGUUGUUGCCAGAAACUUGAUAAAUACACAAGUUCUGCACAAUUUCA